UUUAUUAUUGGUAGUUGUUGCUGUAUUAAAAUAAGAUAUUGUACUAAUAAAUUAAUAAUAUUUUAUAUUUAUGGACUUGCGGCACGACGACAACGCUAACAUUCUAUUUACUGUUUUUUUAAUGAACAACAAUAUUCUUCAAGUUAUAUCCUAAUUAGAAAUAAAAUGGAAAAACCCGAAGUUACUGUACCCAAUGGGAAUCCUCGCAGAAAAAUUCUUAACAUGGCAGUUUCUGGAAUCCUUUUAGAAAAAGGAUUCGAUAGCGUUGACAAAGAAUGCCUUGAAACACUCACUGAAAUGAUACAAAGUUUGAUAACAGAGGUGGGAAACUCAGCAAGGAGUUAUUGUGAACUUUCCGGUCGGACAAUACCUGUACUUGGAGAUGUUGUUGUAGCUCUAAUAAAUAUGGGAAUCUCAAUAAAAGGACUUGAAGCAUUUGCUAAACGUGAUAAUCGUCAAGUUAUACCAUUACCACCGCAGGCUUCGCAACAGAAACAAUUAAACUUAUUACAAGCUGGUACAAAAAACUCGCAUCCUCCUCAUAUACCAAGCUAUUUUCCCGUCCUUCCUGACCCGCAUGCAUACAUUCGAACGCCUACUCAUAAACAACCUGUAACCGAAUAUGAAGCCAUCCGAGAAAAGGCGGCAAAUCAAAAAAGAGAUAUUGAAAAGGCAUUAACCAAAUUCCUCUCGAAGACUUCAGAAACGCACAGUCUAUUCGAUACUGAAGAUAAUAUGUUUCCACUGAUUGCAUGCAGACCCGCAUUCCCUCCCUACUUAGCAGCGCUUAAUCCUACGGAUCAGGUGUUUGACUUUGAAGAAUUGGAGUACCACUACUUAGUGGCGAACAGAACAGAAGACGCUCCGAGUAAAGAUAAUGAGAUAGAGAGUGGUAAUGAAGACGAUGGUGAAGAUAGUAAAUCUGAAAAGCAAGAAAAAGAUCAAAAGGUCGAAACGGAGAUAAAACCAAACUCAACCACAAACAAUGCUAUACUUAAUAAUCCCAACAUUGACAACCCGUACUUGAGAGCUGCGACACUACCCAAAAAACCAAAAGUUGAACUCAUGCCAGGACCGAGUUCUUUAGCACACCAAUUGUAGUUUGUGUUUGUUUAUUAUUUUUUUUUAAAUAAAAUAUCUUAAGAUUAAACUAUCUAAGAGAUAAAAAGGCGA